UAAAUAAUUUAUAUAAAUGUGUUUAAUUAAAGGUUUUUUAGUGUUUGUGAAUCCUGAAUAAUUUAAAAUCAAGCUGAAAUGAAUCCUUUGACUAAUGUAAAAAAUAUAACAAAACUUGCUCAACAAGAUUUAAUUGGUAAUAAAAAAACGUCUUGGCAUGAUCAAUAUAAAGAUAGUGCAUGGAUAUUUGUUGGUGGAUUACCAUACGAUUUGACAGAGGGUGAUGUUAUCGCAGUAUUCUCGCAAUAUGGUGAAAUAGUAAAUAUUAAUUUAGUACGUGAUAAGGAUACUGGUAAACAGAAAGGAUACGGUUUUAUAUGUUACGAAGACCAAAGGAGUACUGUACUUGCUGUUGAUAAUUUUAAUGGCAUUAAGAUUUUGGGUAGAACAAUACGCGUUGAUCAUGUAGCCAAUUAUAAAGCUCCCAAAGAAACUAAAUAUAUUGAUGAUGAAACUAAAAAGUUGAGAGAUGAGGGUUGUGCACCGAAAAAAUAUUAAUAAGAGGUGGCCAAACAUCUGGGUCUCGAGCUGGUGUUUGGUUCCAUGAAACAUCUGUAUUAUUAUAAGGCCACGAUGUUGGAUCUCUUGUUGGUUCUUCAAAUGACAAACAUGAUGUACCUGAAUACAAAUAAUUACAUUUUUAUAAAACAAUACGUUAUGUA